CGUUCGUCCCAUUUGUGAUUGGUUCCUAUGUAAACAUUGGACCAUUCCCCGUCCUGUCAUCCCGUCUUGUCCUCCUUCUAGGUUGUCAACUCAACACCUCUCUCCCACACGCUGAGUCGUUGAAUCCAUUCAUUUGGACGAGAGUUUGGGAUUGUCAAUUGACUCUCUGUCUCUCCCUUGACGACUAGACAUCACCUUCGUUUCUGAUUUCUGGGGAAACUCCACGCGCUCGAUUGCUUGACCCUACCGGAAUCGAACCACUCGCUCGUCUCUUCAAAGCUCGUGAAGCUCUCACCAACUCUCGAUCCGCCAACCUCUCUCCCAAACCCUCAAAAUGCACACAUCCAACCUCGCUCCGGCAGCCUUCGCCGCCCUCUCCCUCCUCCUCAACCCCGUCGCCGCCAUCCCCGCGCCCGUUCCCGUCCCCAUCGCCGCCCCCGAGCCAACCCUCGUCGCCCGCGCCGAUGUCAUCGCUCCCACCGCCGCCUGGAUCAGCGUCAACAACAAGGGCGUUCCCACGACCGUCACUCCCGUCCCGACCACAAUCUCCGGCACCGCGACCUACGCCUCCGCCGCCCCCAACGCCUUGACGGGCAGCGUCUUCACCCUGACCGACUGGCACCUCGUCAAGGUCACCACCAGCACGGGCACCCCGCCCGUCGCCACGGCCGAUAGCAAGAGCGGCGCGGGGGCGUUCGCGCCGUGCAGCAACACCAAGGGGGACUUUUCGCCCUUUUGCGAUCCGAAUAAGGGGAGCACGCUUUACACCGAUGGGACCUACUAUGUAACCUGGGACCCCACCGUCCUCAUCAAAGGCAACAAGACCAACGUCAACGUCAAAAUCCAAGGCAAAUCCGUAAACGGCACAACGGUAGGUGACAUCGUCCUCAACGCCGACACAGACACCACGAACCCGGCCUCCUACGGCUACUACGCCUGGACCGUCUCCUCCAGCCUCAUCCCCGCAGGCCAAGACAACGCCACGAUCGAGCUCCUCCUGUCCUACACCGUCGACGGCGCCGCGCAGGACGCCAUUACCGGCCCGCAGGUCCUCGUCGCCAAGCGGCCGGAGUGGCACCCCGAGGCCGCGAAGAUGCCCAAGGGCGCGGAGCUGUACAUCGCCCUCCCCACCGUGUUCGGGUUCAUUAUCAUUUGCGUCAUUGGCGGGUGUAUCUGGAACCGGCGGACGCGCAAGAUCGGGCUGGGGAAUAUCAUGAGCCGCUCGAGGCACGGGUACGGGGUCGGCAAGUCGCGGGCGCAGAGGCUGGGGGCCAAGGUGAGGCAGAGCGUGUUCCAUGGCGGGCGCAAGGAUCGCGGGAUUCAGUUGAGGCAGAGGGAGAUUAGCCCCGAUGGGUAUGUGUACCGCGACGAGCCGCUGCCUGAUCAGCAGCAAAGGCAGCAUACUGGUGGACUCAACACCAACAACGGUGGUGGUCUCGGCCAUGCUCGGAGGGAUAGCGAUGCCCUGGGAAGUCUUGCCGGAAGCCCGGUUUCGGCUACGUUCCCGCACCAUGAGCCCCAGGGCGGUAAUGCUUUCAGGGAGGAGAUGAGGAGGCAGGAGAGGGAGAGGUAUUGAGAGGAGUUAUGAACUUCUCAAUGGCAUGCCAUUUCGUGUGCUGCCGAGAGGAAGCUGUGUUGUUUGGUGAGGCUACCACAGAGGGUAGUAGGCGAUGAUGGAAAACAUGAGAAUAAGUGUCACGAUAUAGACGACGCAAGAUUCAGAGAUG